CUGCCACUGGUAUUGAUAGUCAUCACCAGUAGGAGGACUGGCCACAGAGCAAGUGAGACUGACAGAGUCAGGCUGACCCAGGUCAGGGCUCUCUGUGACUCCAGUGGGUGGGGGAGAGGAGAGAGUGAGGGAGGAAGGGGAGAGCCACAAGAGAUGGAAGAUGGAGGAUCUCCUGCACACAGUUGUAUCUCACUGAUGAACAGCCAGUCAGUGUCUUGGUUGAAAUCGAACGUGAUCUCCAAAUUAUCAAGAUUCUGUGGUAGAGCGAUUGUAUUCUUGGUCAGUGUAUUGGUAGUGGAGGAGAAAGAGCAGUUCUGAGGGAUGAAAGUAUCCUCAACUCUUGGAUUUAGGUCAGUAGCAAUUCUAGUAGUCGCAGGUGGUCCUAUUUUGGCAGAGGGAAGACUCAAUAAGUAGACUUCAAUGUAGGACACAGUAGAGAUAUCAGUGGCUCUGAAAUGGAGUCCCACAGAGCCAUUGUCUCGAUGCCAGACAAAGAACCUGGUGACCUGGUCUUGAUCACUGACAUCCACUGAGUCUGUAGGUCCAAUGUCUCCAUCACUCAACACUCCUUCUCCUGCUCCACAAUCCAGAAA